AUGACCCAGUAUAACUCCCAAGGCCCCAACCGCUCCCAAAAAAACACUCCUGACGAGUACCAAUCACAGAAACAAAUUCAAGCUCGAUAUGAAGCUCACCGGUCCAGCCGAAAUGAACAAUACAAAGAGAGGCUCCUCAGCUCCGACUUCACAGGUUGGCAGAUUGACGAUAUCCUGAGAAAGCUACAGGCAGGAGCCAACGGCGAAACACUGCCCUUUGUCGAUUCUAGGCAUAACCUUACACUAUACGCUCGACCCCCGCAACAUAUCCGGGACCUCGUCGCUGAAGUCCAGCAGGCCAUUCGAGAAAUUGCCCCAAGCAUAUGGUUCACACCUCCAGAGCAAUUGCAUAUGACUACGUUAGAGAUCGCCAGCUGCCGACCUGAGCCGGAGGUUGAAGGAUUGGUUUCUCAUCUCCAGGGUAGUGGCGUCGUGCCGAAGCUGGUGGAUUUUCUAUUUCAUCAUCGGACACGGUUGGUUAAACCUAUGAUCAGCUACGAUGCAACUGCCAUGGCGCUGAGCUUUGUUCCUGCUGCUGGAGAAGAGACUACAACUGCCCACAAUGUGGACGGUGAUGGAUACACUUAUCACCAUCUGCGACGUGAUGUUUCGAGUAUCGUCACAGCGACGGGGUUACAGAUGAAGCCGAGGUAUAUUGCCCUCUCGGCACAUAUUACGAUUGCACGGUUCAUCACUCGGGACGGCUUCUUGAUAGACAACCCCAAUAAAGUGGAAGACGAAGCGGUGGACCAUGCGCGGGUGGCCGCACUGGUAGAGAGGGUGGGGAAGAUCAAUGAGAUGCUCCGGACGAAAUACUGGUUUCAAGAAGACGGAGCCAUCUCUGGGAAAGGGGAAUGGCUUGUCGGGCAGGAAAAGGGGUUGGAAUUUUGUAAAGGGACGUCUUUCUACGGUGGAGGAGAAGCCGUUGUUGUUGGCAAAGGCUUCUAG